AAUUUGCGGCGUGCUCUCAGAGCAGGGCGAAUUCGGGUGAUGAUUUUGUUUAUUCCCUUACAGAGAAUUCUCUUCGAGUGAAACUGCCCCUUAUACUCCCGUUCUCUGUGUCGAUAAUGGUUCCGUUGACCACUUCUCUCCAUCAUUAUCCAUCUCCCUCGAUGCACCUCUAGGCCAUUCAUCAUUGGUCCGCAACCCCAAACAGUGCCAGACGUCUGUCCUCUCCAGUUGUUUUACAAAUACGGAUUCCUUUAGGAGGGCAUGGACCGCUUUACCCUCGAGGAGACGGGCCUUGUGGCCGCCAUGGGCUCGGGUCUCCUCGCGUUUGGCACCAUAUGGUAUUCCUUUGUCAACCGUCACGUCCCAAACCCCUAUUUAGAUGAGGUUUUCCACAUUCCGCAAGCGCAGACCUACUGCCGCGACAGGUUCUUCGAGUGGGAUGACAAGAUAACCACUCCUCCCGGCCUAUACAUCAUCUCUAGAGUCUCUGCAGCCGUUAAAUCUCGGCUCUUUUGGACGCCCGUCGAGAAACAAUGCGAUGCGGGUGGACUUCGAUUGGACAAUCUUAUUGCUGCGGUCUUGAUCUUCCCCCUGGCAGUCAUCACCCGGCAUCAGAUUGAGAGAUGCCUGACGCCUCGACGCUCCGAACAAUCCCUCAACACCGUGUCACGCUACGCCUUUCAAACAGGCUUCAAUAUAGCCCUUUUCCCAGUUCUCUUCUUUUAUUCGGGCCUGUACUACACCGACGUCUUUUCCACUCUCACCGUCCUCCUGGCCUACAGCCACCAUCUUAGCCGUGUCAGUAGGGACAGGAGCUCACUAAUCAGCGACGCUUGGACAAUUCUCCUCGGAAUCGCGGCGCUCUUCAUGCGCCAGACUAACAUCUUCUGGGUUGUCGUAUACAUGGGUGGACUUGAGGCCGUUCACGCCGUCAAGACUCUUCGCCCAAAGCCCGCCGAGCAACCUCCCAUGCACACCGUGUCAGAGCACGUAAGGUUCUACAUCGAAAGAUUCUCAGUCGGCGACAUUCAUGACCCCCCAAUCGACCGUGCUUGGCCGCAUGAUCUGUGCUACUCCAUUGUUGGCAUCGGUUUGGCAGCCAUCUAUAAGCCGGUCCGGAUUCUGAAGCAAGUCUGGCCUCAUAUCACCGUAAUGUGUCUUUUCACCGCGUUCGUGGCUUGGAACGGGGGAGUGGUCCUCGGGGACAAGUCCAACCAUAUCGCGACCAUUCACUUGACCCAGAUGCUCUAUAUUUGGCCUCUUUUUGCUUUCUUCUCGGCUCCUCUCUUCAUCCCCACCUUGUUGGGACGAACCCUCCGUCUCCUCAGUUGCGUGAAAAGGUCAAAGUUAUCCUCUGUCGAUAAGUCUAACCGAAACGCGAGCUCUGGCCAUACCGGCAGCAGCAAGGGAUCCCACGAUGGCGACACUGCCGGUCCCGUCUCUCUGACAUCCAAGGACCAUAUCAGUAGCUCGAUGGAUUCCCCUUAUCUUCAGGCCGCCAGAAUAGUCGUAUCCCCUCGAGCGUACUCCGCCCCCCUUGUUCUCCUCGCCAUCUUAGCUUCUUGGCUCAUCGUCGUCCAAAACACCAUCAUCCACCCGUUCACAUUGGCCGACAACCGCCAUUACAUGUUCUACAUUUUUCGGUACACCAUCCGCCGCCCAGGUCAUUUUCGCGAGUAUCUAGUUGGCGUAUACUUGUUCUGCGGCUGGCUCUGCUGGUCCGCCCUAUCGCCCCUCGAGAUGGCCAGUUCCCGCGACAACAAGGACCGUCGGGUCAAUUCCGCCCUCAACCCCGCGUCGUCUUCUACCGUCGUCUUGCUAUUCCUCGCCACCGCCCUGUCUCUGGUCACGGCCCCGCUCGUGGAGCCGCGGUAUUUCAUUCUUCCUUGGGUCUUCUGGCGUCUCCUCGUCCCUGCCUGGUACCCCGAGCAGGACGAUCGCCACCAUGGCGGCGGUGGUGUCGCGUCCCUUCCUGGGCUGGCCGGGCUCAUCGAGUGGGGUCGCAGGUUUGACUUGCGCCUCGUACUCGAGACGCUGUGGUUUGUUGCUAUCAACUUGGUCACCAUGUACAUAUUCAUCCAUCGCCCGUACGUUUGGAGGAACCAGGAGGGCGAGGUGCUGGAUGGCGGCCGUCUGCAGCGUUUCAUGUGGUGAUGAGUAGAGGUGUGCACAUCAGAACAGGACUGUGCGCUCACUAUGCUCCGUUCGACGACUUGGGAGUGGCAGAAGGGUUACGCUUCCAAGUUCACUAGGCCAAUAUAAAACGCGGGAGUCUGUACAUCUAGGUGACGCAACCUGGACCACAGUGUUGAAACUAGCUGCGCAAGGAGACAGAAACCCCUCAAAUUCAUAUGAUGGGCACGUGCAUGC